UAUACUCUCACUUUGGUUUUAUCAAGCACAGACUCAGGCUUAUAAGUUAUAAUAUAAAUACAGAGAUUCAACAGUACGAUGUAUCACAUCAAUGGUAAUAGCAACUCCUAUAAACAAUUUGGCUUCUUUAGUUCUUUAGCACUGGUAAAAACCAAAAUGGAGAAAGCAAAACCAGAAAACAUAUUAAUUAGUGAAGGAGGAGGAGGAGAAGAUGGUUAUGAUGUCGUUGUUGUUGGUUCAGGAUAUGGAGGUUCAGUUGCAGCUUGUCGCUUGUCAAUGGCAGGGUUAAAAGUCUGUUUAGUUGAGAAAGGAAGAAGAUGGGAAGCUCAGGAUUUUCCAACUAGCAGUUUGAAGAUUUUAUCAACUUUCAGGUUUGAAAGCAGCAAGCUGGGAAUCAGUUUUGGCCCUAGAGAUGCUUUGUUUCAGGUAUAUGAGCAAGAGGAUUGCUUAGCAGCUAUGGCUUGUGGGCUUGGUGGAGGUUCAUUAGUUAAUGCUGGAGUCAUGAUACCAGCUCCAGUCCGUGCUAAAAGAAACGUGAAAUGGCCUAAAGAAUGGGAAAAUGAUUGGGAACUUUGUGAAGCUUCUGCUUCAUCCAUGCUAAGGGCUCAAAGUGUCCCCACUAAGUUUCAGAAUUCCAAAGUCAUGGAAGAUAUCAUAAAAGAAGAGUUUGAGGUGAGCAUAGAGAGUCCGCUGAAGCUGAGUAUUAACUUCGAUGAAAAUAAACAACCAUUGAAUUCCAAGAAUCCUGCUGAGAUGGGAUCUUGUUUAGCCUGUGGCAACUGUCUUUCCGGCUGUCCUUACAAUGCCAAAAGUUCUACAGACAAAAAUUACAUUUUCUCAGCAAUUCAGGAAGGAUGUACAAUAAGGACAGACUGUGAAGUGCAGUACGUGGUGAAAAACUUGGAUAAAACUUCCAAAGAAAAACAUUCUAGCACAAAAAGAAGACGGUGGCUUGUGUUUUUUAAUGAGAUUGAUCAUGUGAAGUGUGAUUUUGUAGUUCUCUCAGCUGGAGUUUUUGGGACAAACAAAAUACUGUUUCAGUCUCAACAGAGAGGACUAAAACUUUCUAGCAUGCUUGGAUCAGGGAUUAGUUGUAACGGAAAUAAUGUUGCAUAUCUUGCUAGAAGCUCAGCCCCCUUGAAUGCCUCUGGCUUAGACAGGAAGAACUUCUCUGAAUUACCAUUUCAAGAACGGCCUGGCCCUGCCAUUUCUUCAUCCUACACUAAUUCUUUGGGGUUCACAAUUCAGAGUGCAGUACUUCCAACGCCUUAUAUCUACAUGCUAUUUAAAGGAUUUACAAGUUACAGCUGGCCAGGUGGGUAUGGUAUAAUACAUGAAGUUUUAGACAAGCUGAUGGUCAGUUUCGGAAUGAAGAAAAGCCAAGGCAUGGUUCUAAAUGUUAUGGGAUAUGAUGAGAGUGAUGGGAAAAUUACGUUUGAAAGGGACACAAACAAAAUCUACUUUCAAGCACCCAAAGAUACUUUACUUCCGCGAAAAAUCAAAGCCCUCCAAAAGCUCAGUGAGAAGUUAGGAGGAUUACUUUACAUGUCAAAAUAUAGAAGCACCUCUGUUCAUCUUUUAGGUGGUUGCAAUGCAGCAUCAGAUCCUUCACACGGUGUUUGUAAUUCUAAUGGUCAAGUUUUCGACACAAAUUUCCAUGAUAGUGUCCAUACUGGUUUAUAUGUCUGUGAUGCCUCCUUAAUCCCUUGCUCGGUAGGCAUUAACCCAUCCCUAACUAUCGCUACAGUCUCAGAGCAUGUGAGUAGGCAUCUUGUGAAGGAUGUUCUCAACUACGAGAACAUGUAUGGUGCCAGAUUUAAUCGUACAGCCAUUGAUCAAAAGCUUAGUUCAAUGAUUUCUAAGAACUUAGGAGGUAGUCGUACAUCUUCUAUUGCUUUUACUGAAAUAAUGAGAGGGCAUGUAGGGGGUAUGCCAAUUUCUGCUCAUCUCAGAGUGAAACUGAAUAUGGAGACCUGUAAAGAUUUUGACAAUAUGAAUAUGAUGAGUGGAAAAUCACAUCCCCUUCUAAGAGGAAAAGUUGGUGGAUAUGUUGUAUGCCCAGCUGUAGAAAGCGACAAAAUACAUGUGAUCGAUGGAGAAGUAGACCUGUGUGAAGUAGAUAUCAGAACUCCUUACACGCAAUACAUGCACUACAAGCUCACCCUUGCAGCUUCUUCUGGUUCAAGAUAUAUUCUUGAGGGAAGAAAAGUUUUGAAUCCUUUUCUCCUUGGAUUUUACAUGAUUAAAGAAUCAACAUCUAUGAAUGUUACGUUCAAAAAAGUUACGGCAAACAAUACUAAAGAACAAGAAGCAAUAGUCCUGAAAGGAGAACUUCAUAUCUCCGUCCUUGAGAUCAUUAAGUGUUUGAUAAGCAUGAAAGGAAGAUGUAAGGGGAAGUUUAUAUGUCUUCUGUUGGAAUCUUUUCUCAGAACUUACAUUUUACGAUUACCGCGUGGAAUUAACAAGGAUUUUACUACCCCACAUGUUCUUGAAAAACCUUAUCCAAGCAGUGAUCUGCUAAAGAUAGAAACAGAAGACGGUUUCAUAAUCAGUUGCAAGCGCUGGAAAUGCAGUCAGAGUUUUUCAAGACUCGGACAUAAAAUUUUGUACCCAGUCCUCCUUAUUAACGGGUAUUCAACAGAGAGUUAUUGGCUACCUACUGAACCAAAUGAUCUGGUUAGGACUUUACUAGAACAAGGGCAUGAAACCUGGAUUCUUCAGCCAAGAUUGCACCCUUCCAAUUCUUCUAAUUGUUUCACAAUCAAAGAUAUUGGCAGAUAUGAUAUACCCAAAGUGAUUGAUAAGAUAAUCGAGUUGAAUGGAAGAUUUGUAAAGGUACAUGUGGUUGCCCAUUGUGUAGGAGGCUUAGCCAUGCACAUUGCUCUUCUGGGAGGUCAUCUCUCAUCCUCCAAAAUAGCUUCUCUGUCUUGCACUAACUCUUCAAUGUUCUUUAAGCUAACAGCUCUACCUUCUGUCAAGAUGCGGCUUCCCCUUUUGCCCAUGUCAAUGGUAAUACUUGGAAAAAACAAGACCUUACCUUUGUUUGGAACUCUAAAAACCACAUCUUCACAAAGACUCAUACGAGCCAUAGCCCGUUUAAUGCCACGUUAUGAAAGAUGCAGCUGCGAUGAAUGUGAAAUAUUUUCAGGAAUAUUUGGGAACACAUUCUGGCACAAUAACAUCACCUCUAGCAUGCACUACUGGAUGAACAAGAAAAGCCUACCAGCCCUCCCAAUGGCCGCAUUUCCUCACCUUAGAAUAAUCUGUAACACCGGAUUCAUAGUUGACGAAAAUGGAAAAAACACAUACCUAAUCCAUCCAGAGAGAAUGGCACUGCCAACCCUAUACAUAUCAGGUGGAAGAACUCUUCUAGUGACUCCUCAGACAUCUUUUCUCGCAAACAAGUACAUGAAGCUACACCAACCUGAUCACAGACACGAGAGAGUAGUCGUGGAUGGUUUUGGACACUCGGAUUUGUUGAUCGGAGAAAAGUCAUAUAAGAAGGUUUUUCCACACAUUCUGUCUCAUAUUGGAUUAGCUGAAGAGGAAAAAACUUCCUCAGCAGUGAAAAAGAAGUACUAUAGUAAAGAAGCCUUGGCCUGGGGCAAUGAGCAGCAAUAUGAGGAAGGAAAAGCAGUCUUUUGGUGUUGCAUUUUUACAAUAUUGCUAGCAGUAGUAUUACUAUUUACAGUGUUUUCUUAAGUGGACAUUUGUGGGAACUUUGAGCUUCUGUCCUGUAUUUAGCAGAAGAAAUUACAAUAAAAUCUAAUUUAUGUCCAUCAGAGCAAUUUUCCCCCAGAAUAACUUGUAUCAAAAUAAUUUAAAUUAAUCCAGGAU